CGCCGUUCGAACAUUGUCAGAUCGAUAGUAUAAACGCCGUUUCUGGAUUGGCUGUUGGAAAUCAAUGGCGGUUGAGGCCACCGAUAAUAUCGAUUUUCUUUAGGGCCUUCGCUGCACAUUUCCGCAUCGCAUUACCAUAGAACUGUUUUGAAAGAGUGUUUUGUGAGUUAAGGUCUGUUUUUGGAUCUCUUCGCGCUAAAAUAAAUCAUGGACCAGCAAGCGGAACUUUGCGAGACCUACCAGCUGAAAUGGAAUUUUUAUGGUUCUUACAUGCAUUCAUGCAUUUCCACGUCUUUAUACAACGAUUCGUACGCAGACGUUGCUCUAGUGACAAUGGAUGGCCAUCAAGUCAUGGCUCACCGUUAUGUUUUGUCUUACAGUAGCCGUUAUUUUGCACAGGUGUUGAAAUACCAACGAAAGGUCACAACAGCUCUUCCGUUGAUGAUUGUAAUGCCACCAGAAAUUGACUAUAAGGCUUUAAAAGUUCUUUUGAGAUACAUGUAUAGUGGAGAAGCCAAAGUACCCAAAGAAAUUCUGAAAAGUGUUCUUCAAGGAGGAGAUAUACUACAAAUCAAAGGACUUUUUAGAGAAAAAGAAGACAACGAAAAAAUGAUGAAAAUAAAUCCACACAAUCAACCACUUCUUUCUCCCCUAAAUCCCACACCAACCAGUACUCCUGCCACUACUCCAACCCCCGUAAUACCAGCUUCUCCACCACCUUUGGUACCCACCUCCACAGCGAAUCAAAAAAUAACGAAAAAAUCAACCCCAAGUAGCACUAUCGUGACGACAACGACAUCGACAUCUACAACUUCUGCUACGGCUUCCACUGCAAAAGUUCCUCCGAAAAUUGUUCAGAAAUUUUUGGUUCUCCAAAAACCUAAGGACCAACAGCAGGUGUAUACGACAGGAAAAACAAAAAAUAAAGUUUUAAAUUUUACAUUGAUGCCCAACUCGCAACAGGAGACACUCAAAAAAAGGACGACUAAGGACGAAAUUGAAAAAACUGAAAAUGUGAUAAAAACAGAACCUAGCGGUAUUAGAGAAAACAAUCUUCAAUAUUUAAUGAUUAAAGAUGAACCUGUGGAUUGGAGCGAAGGUGCAAUGGAAGUGGUCGAAUCUACAGAUGAGUUUGAUGAUAUUCAGUGCAAAUCUGAGCACGAAGAUGCUAGUUUCGAAGAAGAAGACAAGAUGUUUUCGCCGUUGACUUGUGAAUUAUGCACCGAGACAUUUACGAUUCCAAGAGAAUGGGUGAGACACGUUCAAACGCACACAGAUAUGUUACCGGCUAAAAGGAGAAGACGAGACAGUACAGGCGGAAGUGAUUCCUACGAGAACGAUACGUUUCCAGAACUAAUGUGCGAUCUUUGCCAGAAAGGUUUCUCCACUCCAGCCGAUUGGGUUAAGCACAUUCAGAGUGCCCACACUGAAUUCGAACUACAUCUAUCCAACAAACAAAACAUUGACACUGUUAAGGGCUACAAAUUCAAAGAUAUUCCACAAAGUUCUCAAAAUUCUGAACAAGGAAAACUCUGUACCGAAUGCAACAAAACAUUUCCAUCAAACGCUUCCAUGCUUAUCCAUAAACGUAGCCAUACUGGAGAGAAACCGUUUUCUUGUGACUUUUGUUCCAAGACCUUCAAUGUGAAAAGUAACCUUUUGAGGCAUUUGAGGACUAUCCACAAUAAAAUUAUUAACGCAACCGAAGUCGAUAAAGAUGAGGAUGGUGAGAAUAGCAGUUAAAUACUAUCAUAUUUUUCUCUUUUUUCAAAAAUUGUUUUUUUAUGUAGGUAUAAUAGUUUAUAAGAAUUAAUAUUAUAUAAUUUAAUAGGAAUUUAUAGUUAGUUUGUUAUAUGGGAAAGUUUAAUUUUAAGUUUUAAUUGUGUUUAAUAUUUGUGGAAUUAUUAUUAUUUUUUUAUUAACAAUAUUUUAUUAUUCUAACGAUGUUUUGUCUAUGUAGAUGUAAAGCGGUUUACAAUUAAUUUAUAAUGGCCUACAAACAUAGUAUGGAAUUUUUAGAAAAAGAUCUUUAAUAUUAUUUUAUUGUAUAUACAAAAUUUUUAGAUAAAAUUACAUUUAGAGACACUUUCUUAUCGUUUCUUUUUCAUUUCUUUGUCUUAUAAAGAAAAGUUAUUGUACCUUUACAUUGUUUAUAUAAAGUUAAAAGGGAAAAUUAAAUAAUUGAUAAAUCUUAAAAUCUCAACAUAUAUCCAGAUUAAAGUUGGGAACUACAUCUAAUAUUUUUUACGUUAUAGACAAUACAUUGUCAGAAUAAAUAAUGAA